UUGUGUGAUAUAUAUUCUCUAUAUUAAAAAAGUAUUAUCUCAUAAUCUAAUAUAUAUUAAUAUAGAUUUCAAUUAAUGGAACAUUAAUUUUGAAAUUUCAUAAUAAAUAUAUUGUUUAUUUGAAUUGAGAAAAUCUAAAAUGUCUCGAAUACGUCGACUGUCUAUUUGUGGUGUUCGAAAUUUUGACGAUGAAGAUCAAGCAAAAAUACGUUUCGGUCGUCCUUUGACACUUAUUCUUGGACCAAAUGGUACUGGAAAAACAACUUUGAUAGAAGCAUUAAAAUUUGCCACAACUGGCGAUUUUCCACCAGGUUCUGAUAGAGGGAAAUCAUUUGUUCAUGAUAAAAGUUCAUUAGAAUUUUGUUUAGUGAAAGGCUGCAUUAAAGCUGAAUUUAUAAGCGCUAAUGGAAAUGCUUACACGAUAAGUAGAGUGAUUGAAUGUAUACGUAGUAAAUCAGGAUCCAAAUUAAAAAGGGUAGACAAUACCCUAAGUAGAAAAGAAAAGGGAGAAAUCAAAGCAGUUUCAAUAACAAACCGGUGUAUUGAUAUUAAUACUGAAGUAGUAAACGCAAUGGGUGUUUCCAAAUCUAUCUUGAAUUAUGUGAUAUUUUGUCAUCAAGAAGAAUUUAAUUGGCCUUUGGAUGAUGGAAAGAAAUUAAAGGAAAAGUUUGAUGAGAUAUUUGAAAGCGUAAGAUUCAACAAAGCGCUUGAGAAUUAUCUAAAAUGUAUUAAAAACUUAGAACAAGAUAUACGCGUAUUGAAAAUAGAAAAAGAUUCAUUUAAAAAUGUUGUUAAUGAAGUAGAAGACAAAGAGAAAAAACUUCAAAAUACUAGAGACAGAUUAGAAGAGGCCACGAAUGAAAUAACUACAAUCGAUAAAGAACUUGAGACUAUAAUUGGAAAAAUUCAAGAAUUUGAAAAAAUGGAUGCAAAAUAUAAAACAUUAAUAGAUGAAAGAGAUAAAAAGAAAUUCGAAUAUGAUUUAAACAAAACACAAAUUGAAUCAUUGCAAGAAAAUAUACAGAUUUUUAAAGGAACCAUGAGAGAAUUAUCUAAUAAAUUAGAACUAUAUGAUAGCAUUUUAUUAGAGAAAGUUGCUGAAGUAACAGAGGCAGAAGAAAAUUUUCAACGAACUUCAUCAAAUGAAACAAAGAUAACAAAUGCAAUAACGGAGAACAAAAUUUCUAUUGGUACAUUAAAACAAAAAAUGCAAGAUCAAGAGGAAAAAAUUGUUCAUCGUAAUAAAAUACUUAAUGACAUGUUAUCCAAAUGGGAUAUUAAAACAGUAAUUGAUGCAGAUUCAUCUAAUACUGGAAUCCUUGUUAAAAAACUUGAAGACAAGGUAGAAAAUCUCAAGCAAGCAGCAGAAGUUAAAAAGCAGAAACGAAAUAUGGCAGAGGAAGAACUUCAAAAAGAAGUUGAUGUAUUACGUUCUGAACGUUCGAAGAUAGAAUCAGAGAUAAUUAUUAAGAAUAAUGAAGUUACUGAAAUAAAAAAUCAAGUAGAAAGUAUUCAAAAUGAAAUUUCUAUGAUUGGAGCUUCUGCCAAUAAAUUAAAUUCUUUAAAAGAAAAUGUUGCACUUGUGAAUAAAACAAUUCAAGAUCUUUCCAAAUCUUGUGAUGUUUCUUCACUCAAUAAGCAGAUAAAUGCGGAAAUUUCUUCAAGAGAUGCAAUGGAAGCUGAGAUAAAUACUUUAGACGAAGAGAUAGAAGUUUUACACAAACAUGCUACAUUACAAGCUGAAAUAUCAUUGCACAAAUCAACAAUGAAAGCAAAAGAAGAAGAAAUACAGAAUUUUAAAAAUAAACAUGAAGAUGCAAUUAAAAUAUUGCUUGAAACUGACAAGUUACCUCAUACCAAACUAAAAGAUAAAUUGGUUCCUGCACAAGAAAAAUUAAUGGAUCGUAUAAAAACAAUAACUUGUGAUAUACAAACAGAACAACAGAAAUUAAUAAGUUUAGAAACAACAUUGAAAUGUAAUAAAGAAGAACUUGAAAAGAAAAUUUCAGAAUUAGAUUCAAAUAAACAGAAAGUAUCUUCUAUUUGCUAUUAUAAAGAUUUUGAUGAAAUAUUAUUGUUACAAUCGAAAAGAGUAAAAGAUCUCCAAGAUAAAAGAGGGAUGUAUGCGUAUCAAAAUACCGCUUAUAAAGAAUACAUGAAACAAUUCAAAAAACAAGAUCCUCGUUGUCCUUUGUGCCGUAGAAAUUUUGAUAAAUCAUAUAAUAUUGAUAUUUUAAUAAAAGAAAUGGAAGAAGAAAUCGAAAAUCAGCCCGUAAUUCUUCAAAAUUGCGAAACUGAAUUGAAAGUGCAACAAAAUAAAUAUGAUAGUAUGUUAGAAUUGAAACCAAUUAUUGAGAAGAUAAGUCUACUAGAAGAAGCUGAAUUACCUCUAUUAGAAGAUAGUUUACAAAGUACAAAGGAAGAAAUAAAAAAAUACCAAACAAGUAUAUUAGAAAAAGAAAAGUUAAAAGCUAUUCCUGAAGAUUUGUUGAAUAAAUCGAAAAAUCUAUUUGAAGAUAUUAUGCUUUGGGAUCGAUUAAUAGAUGAGACAAAUAAUCUUAAGGAAAAACUAUGUAAUAUUGAAAAUUUCAUGUCUAAAACAGAAGCUAAAAGCACUAGAACUGUCUCCGAAGCACAGGCUCGUCGAAAUUCAUUGAAAGUUUCUUUAAAAGAUUCUCGCAACCAAAUACAACAUUUACAGUCAGAAUUAAAUACAUAUAAAGAAAAAUAUCAGCAUGCUUGUGAAAAGCGAAACAUGUUAUAUGAACAACAAUUGAAAAUAGAAUCAAAUAUGAAAAAUUUGGCAAGUCUUGAAAGUAAAAAAGAGGAUUUAAAUUCACGACAAACUAUGUUAAAAGAAUCAGUGCAAAAAUUACAAGAUAAUUUUUUGACUGCAGACAAUAAUUUAGAAACAGCUGUUUGUCAAUUGAAUCAAUUAAAAAAAGAAAAUGGGGAAAAAGAAAAGAUGGAUAGAACAACAAUCACAGAAGGAGAAAGACAAUUAUUUGAAUUGAACAACAUUCAGAAUGCAGUUAAUGCUUUCGAUAAUUGCAAUAUUCCUGAUACUUUAGCGAAAUUAGAACUUGAAAUACAAGAUUUUAAAGAAAAAAUGAGUGAAAAUACUACUAAGAAACAAAAAUUAGAAACACAGAUAAAAGAUUUGAAAGAUGCUAUUAAUCAUCAAGAAUCGCGUAAAAGAGAUUUGAGUGAUAAUCUUACAUUGAGGAAACUUCAAUUUACUGCAGAGGAAUUACAGCAACAGUAUAAAUACCUGAAUGAAAAGAUCGAAAAUAUGAAUCGCAAAGAAAUGACGGAAAAUUGGAAAAAGUUCCAAAAUCGCGAACAAAUUUUGUCACAAAAGAAAAAUGUAGCUAUAGGAAAGCAAGAAGAAUUACAAAAUCUAUUGUCGCAAUAUAAUGAUGAACUUAAAAAGGAGUGCUAUAGAUUAGCUCAUAAAAAUUACAUGGAUAAAUGUAUUGACUUAACGGUACAAAAUCAAGUAAUUGCAGAUUUAAGAAAAUACUCCAGGGUAUUAGAUGCUGCAUUGAUGAAAUAUCACAAAGAACGUAUGGAGAGUGUAAAUAAAAUAAUUAAGACUCUUUGGAAAGCUAUAUACAUCGGUAAUGAUACAACUUCUAUAGAAAUCCAUACAAAUGAUACAAUAGGUACAGGAUCUGCUAUGCGUAGAUCUUACAAUUAUAAAUUAAUUCAAACAAAGAACGGAAGGGAAAUGGAUAUGCGAGGACGGUGUAGUGCAGGCCAAAAAGUUUUAGCAUCAAUCAUCAUAAGACUCGCAUUAGCUGAAACUUUUUGCAAAGAUUGUGGAAUUCUUGCACUUGAUGAGCCAACUACAAAUCUAGAUGAAGAAAAUGCAAAUAGUUUAGCAAAUGCUCUUAAUAUGAUUGUAAAGUCGAGAUCUCAAUAUCAAAAGAAUUUCCAACUUAUUGUGAUUAGUCACGAUGAAAAAUUUUUAGUUAAACUUGCUCAGCUAAAUAAUAGCUGUGGUUAUUAUGAACUUUAUCGUAAAGAGAAUGGUCUAUCAUCAGUUCGAUUUCACGAAACGGGAACAACAGGUCCUGUUGAUGAUAUAUGUUGUAAACAAGAUUAUCAGACAUCCGAGGACGAAGAACGUGAUAACACCAAACAAAUAAGAGCAAAGAAAAGAACUAAGUCUAAUAGCAGAAACGAUGAUAAUAAUGAAAACAGAUCACAAAAGAAACGAUUUAUUUGCAAUUUCUAAAAAUGAAAAAUUAAAGAAAUAUCUUCUUGUUACUUUAUUUGUGUGUGUAAUAUGCAUUUAAUUAUUAUUGGAUAAUAAUUCUUAAGUACUCAGAACUUAUAUUUUUUAUUUUUUAUAUUCCUUUCUUUUCUCACUCGCUCGUUUGUAAAGACCGACAAAGAGACGGGGCUUGUCUCCCACUCUUAAAAUAAAUUUUACCAAUAUUUCUCGCUUAUUUGUACAAAUACGAAGAUACACUAUACAACAUUUUUUAUGUAUUUUUCAAUUUUGCCAAAAUUUAGUUUGAAACUUGUUUCGAUUAAAUGCCUA